CCUUAAAGGCGCGCGAGCCGAGCGGCGAGGUGCCUCUGUGGCCGCAGGCGCGGGCUCGGGCGACAGCCGAGACGUGGAGUGCGCCGGCUCGCUGCAGCUCCAGGACUCAACAUGCGCUGCUCGCCGGGAGGCGUCUGGCUGGCGCUGGCCGCGUCGCUCCUGCACGUGUCCCUGCAAGGCGAGUUCCAGAGGAAGCUUUACAAGGAGCUGGUCAAGAACUACAAUCCCUUAGAGAGGCCCGUGGCCAAUGACUCGCAACCGCUCACCGUCUACUUCUCCCUGAGCCUCCUGCAGAUCAUGGACGUGGAUGAGAAGAACCAAGUUUUAACCACCAACAUUUGGCUGCAAAUGUCUUGGACAGAUCACUAUUUACAGUGGAAUGUGUCAGAAUAUCCAGGGGUGAAGACUGUUCGUUUCCCAGAUGGCCAGAUUUGGAAACCAGACAUUCUUCUCUAUAACAGUGCUGAUGAGCGCUUUGACGCCACAUUCCACACUAACGUGUUGGUGAAUUCUUCCGGGCAUUGCCAGUACCUGCCUCCAGGCAUAUUCAAGAGUUCCUGCUACAUCGAUGUACGCUGGUUUCCCUUUGAUGUGCAGCACUGCAAACUGAAGUUUGGGUCCUGGUCUUACGGAGGCUGGUCCUUGGAUCUGCAGAUGCAGGAGGCAGAUAUCAGUGGCUAUAUCCCCAAUGGAGAAUGGGACCUAGUGGGAAUCCCCGGCAAGAGGAGUGAAAGGUUCUAUGAGUGCUGCAAAGAGCCCUACCCCGAUGUCACCUUCACAGUGACCAUGCGCCGCAGGACGCUCUACUAUGGCCUCAACCUGCUGAUCCCCUGUGUGCUCAUCUCCGCCCUCGCCCUGCUGGUGUUCCUGCUUCCUGCAGAUUCCGGGGAGAAGAUUUCCCUGGGGAUAACAGUCUUACUCUCUCUUACUGUCUUCAUGCUGCUCGUGGCUGAGAUCAUGCCCGCAACAUCCGAUUCGGUACCAUUGAUAGCCCAGUACUUCGCCAGCACCAUGAUCAUCGUGGGCCUCUCGGUGGUGGUGACGGUGAUCGUGCUGCAGUACCACCACCACGACCCCGACGGGGGCAAGAUGCCCAAGUGGACCAGAGUCAUCCUUCUGAACUGGUGCGCGUGGUUCCUGCGAAUGAAGAGGCCCGGGGAGGACAAGGUGCGCCCGGCCUGCCAGCACAAGCAGCGGCGCUGCAGCCUGGCCAGUGUGGAGAUGAGCGCCGUGGCGCCGCCGCCCGCCAGCAACGGGAACCUGCUGUACAUCGGCUUCCGCGGCCUGGACGGCGUGCACUGUGUCCCGACCCCCGACUCUGGGGUAGUGUGUGGCCGCAUGGCCUGCUCCCCCACGCACGACGAGCACCUCCUGCACGGUGGGCAGCCCCCCGAGGGGGACCCGGACCUGGCCAAGAUCCUGGAGGAGGUCCGCUACAUUGCCAACCGCUUCCGCUGCCAGGACGAAAGCGAGGCGGUCUGCAGCGAGUGGAAGUUCGCCGCCUGCGUGGUGGACCGCCUGUGCCUCAUGGCCUUCUCGGUCUUCACCAUCAUCUGCACCAUCGGCAUCCUGAUGUCGGCUCCCAACUUCGUGGAGGCCGUGUCCAAAGACUUUGCGUAACCACGCCUGGUUCUGUACAUGUGGAAAACUCACAGAUGGGCAAGGCCUUUGGCUUGGCGAGAUUUGGGGGUGCUAAUCCAGGACAGCAUUACACGCCACAACUCCAGUGUUCCCUUCUGGCUGUCAGUCGUGUUGCUUACGGUUUCUUUGUUACUUUAGGUAGUAGAAUCUCAGCACUUUGUUUCAUAUUCUCAGAUGGGCUGAUAGAUAUCCUUGGCACAUCCGUACCAUCGGUCAGCAGGGCCACUGAGCAGUCAUUUUGCCCAUUAGCCCACUGCCUGGAAAGCCCUUCGGAGAGCUCCCCAUGGCUCCUCACCACCGGGACAGUUGGUUUUGCAUGUCUGCAUGAAGGUCUACCUGAAAAUUCAACAUUUGCUUUUUGCUUGUGUACAAACCCAGAUUGAAGCUAAAAUAAACCAGACUCACUAAAUCCAUUCCAAUAAUUGACUGGUGGAAGGAAAACAAAAAACAAAAACUAAAAACCUCUUAGCUUUUCUGCAAUUCAACUUUUUAUUUUUAUUUCUAUCAAAGACAGUAGAGAGAAACAGCUUGAUGCUGUUUCUACAUUAAAAAAAAAAAAAAAAAAAAAAAGACAGACUGUUGGUCUUACUAAGGAUGUUUUUACCAGCCUGCCUGACUUCUGCAAACCUACCCUGUCAAGGAGAUCAAAGGGACGCAGGUUUCUGUUUAUUCUGAACAAGGGCCAGGCCCCGCGGAGUGUCUUUGGUGGAUCCCAGAUAACUCCUAGGUGCUGCUCUCAGACACUGAGGAGUUGAGCAAAUCUGUUCUAUUCUGCAGAACCCACAGGACAAAUAAGAGUUCUACUAGAAUUAACAGCCCAAAAGAAUAGCUAAAGCUAAGUGAAGCCACUUACAUGGGCUUUAAAAAAAUAAUGUGUUAGCUGAUUCACAUGCACUGGAGUUAAUUAGUCUUAGAAAUGUGUGCAUCCAUACAAAUGCACAACAUAAAGUGAACAUAUUCCUAGGCCCUUUCUGCCUGUGUCAGGGCCAGGAAGUAGAGGCUGGGAACUCUUCUGGUCCCCAGUAUGGCAGGCGCCAGGGAGGGGAUGGUGUGGCCCAUCCCUUCUCUGGAUACCUGGCCAGUGGCAGGCAGCAGGGAGGAGCUGGCCGACCCUCAGUGACUGACAAGCCAGCAAUUCUGAGUUCUGGCCUUUGGGAGUCUGCCUGCUCCAAGCCAGUCCACCCCAGCUGCAGCCCCAAAAGCUGGCUCAAAGUCCUUGGGUGGAUUCACUGGAGAUGGGCAACUUAAAACAAGAGAAACUUUAAUUUUUAAACCUAAGUGAUGAUACAGCUCUUCCCUUAGAUUAUCGCCCAGGCUGGAGUGCAGUGGCAUGAUCUCAGCUCACUGCAAGCUCCACCUCCUGGGUUCAUGCCAUUCUCCUGCCUCAGCCUCCCCCCGAGUAAUUGGGAAUGCAGGCACCCGCCACCAUGCCUGGCUAAUUUUUUGUAUUUUUAGUAGAGAUAGAUAGGGUUUCAUCAUGUUAGCCAGGAUGGUCUCAUUCUUAUUCUUUAAUGAGAUCAGAGGGUAAUUCACCAAGAAAGACCUCUCCUGUUCCAUUGUGUCAUCCAACAACUGCUCAGAGCUCAAAAUUAUAGAAGGCUUCUGAGCCCCUAGAGAUUUUUAAUUUGCUUCUAAUCCCUGAGGUGGGAACAUCAUGAGGGAAGAUUUGAUUUUCAGAGUUAAAUAAAUUGUAUGUGCUUUUCCAGCCA